AUGGCAAACGCACAGAUUCCGCAAGCAAGCUCUGCGCAAGAUACGACUGAACAGGAUGGCAGCUCUACUGUCAUCGAACUUCUACACUGCCCGGAGAACACGGCCCUCAGUGACGUCCCCAUUCCGCAACAGGCGGGGCGUUGUCUUUGUUCGGCCAUAGAGGCCCUCAAUGGAGGGACCGCUGAUGACGCAGUCGAUCAAGUUCUUCACGUCAGUUGUGAUGAGGUGCGAGCGUUUUUGGACGCUCAGACACUCGGCCGAAACACCGUCAUGCUCACAGCUAUCACCGCCGGCCUGCCAUCCAAGUGUGUCUUUCAGAUACAAGGCGGCCGCAUCAUGUUUGAGAGAGACGUAUCGGCCUGGUCAUCUUCGUCUGAUAUUUACCUUCAUGUCGGAUCGACGGGGCCCUUUUGGCUAGGGACGGACGGCCAGUACCUUGUGAUUCGCAGCUUCGACUGCUGGACAGAUGUUCGACCAAUCGUCGGGUCGGCGACAGACCAACAUAUUCGGGUCGGCGGGCAUCUCUUGCGGCUCGCAGAGUAUCAUGGUCUCGAGAUCUGGGACGCGACACGAAUGACCUGGAUUUCGAUGCUUCCUCACCAUGGCAUUAAGGGCUUUGCACCGACACGAUACCCAGGUGUCCUGGUAACUCACUCCGGCGUCACAACUCUCAUAUGGCGCCUGGACAACGAAUGUGCAGCGGAACCUCUGAUCGGACAGUAUACCAUACCACCCGGUGAUGAUGAGAUUUUGAGCGUUCGCGAAAUCGGAGGCAUUCUAGCCAUCGAGAUUGCCAGGCGCGCUGACUGGGAUGGCGAGGAAAUGCCGAUGUUUCAGAGAUUCGAAUACCGUGAUCUCCAUGGCGAAGCUGUGGAGCUUCCGUUUGCGCCAGCACUCCGUGAUCACAAAUACUGGGCAACAAUGGACCACUCCAAAGGCACCCGAUGGUGUGCUUUUUCGGACGGCACUCAUGUUGUUGGUGUGGACGGCAAGUUUACCAUUUUUGGGCGCGAAGGACAGGCUCAGGGCUCAUUUGAACUGGGCAGUUGUCAUGUCGAUACAUACUUGGAUCGGUUCAUCAUUGCGGUGACGCACAAGGAGCUCAUUAUUCUAUCACAGGAGGCCAAGGUGUUGUUGAGUCGUCCCAGGGAGCAACCCGAUGUCGACUUUGACUGCAUUGUAGACAUUAGGGGUCGGGUUUUAUUGCUCUACCCCGACGGUGGACCGCCGCUGGAAACGUUCAGUUUUCUCAGCCGAACAUGCGGUGAACCCUCAGCGGAAGAAUUUACGACCUAA